GCUGCUCCCGUUUAAAUGGUCAUCACUCAUCCACAAAAGUCGAGUCGCCUCGGCAUGCCCAAGAAGAGCAAGAAGAGCAAGAAAACGGCCGCGUUAGAGAGCUACUUUGGUCCGGAAGCGGACCCCGAGGGGAAUAUGCGACCUGAAAAGGCGGAGUGGGACUCGAUGGAGGCUUUUAGGACGCUUCGUGCUAGCAGGCACGUAUAUCACAAAGGUUGCGACGUCUCCGUACGCUCUAGUGACAGCCCAGAGAAUGUUUGGAUAGCCAUGGUACUCUCCAUACGGCGCAGGAAGACGCCACUUGGAAUACCCUUGGGCUGGGCUCAAGUACAAUGGUACUAUUCGCCGCGCGAUGUUCAAGCAUUGAGCAUUGAAGGAUUACCCAAUGAUUGCUUCUCAUCUCGGGAAAGGGUGCUCUCAGAUGCCAUUGAUCUUGUGCCGCUAACGUCAUUCAAGUCUCCUGUGAAAGUAUAUAAGUUUAAUGAAGAAGAUUGGCAGCCAGCAGAAUUUGAUGAGAAGUCCUACUUUCAUCGGUAUAGUCUAAAGGAUGCUCUUGAUUCUCCAAAACUAGCGCCGUUUCCUGGUCAAUUCUCCUGCAUCUGUGGGACACCUUAUGACCCAUUUCCACAAGACAUGGACUUUGCAGAAGCCGCAUUGGAUGCAUGUCGCCAACGAAGAGGUGGCACUGCCCCCAGCAGAGUCGAGCUCAAGGCGGACUACAUGCACUACUGUCCGCGUCCGAAGUGUAGCAGAUGGUUCCACGAGACCUGUCUGCUACACCGCACGGAGAUGAGACACCCUGAGCACACCGACUUCGUCGGCAGCCUCGCCGUGCGCCGGCUGGCAGUGGACCCUGACGCGUCGUUCCACCACCCAAAGCUCGCACGCUUCACAUACGAGAAGCCCGCACGGGGCAAGAACGCAUCGGUGGGCGAGCCGAGCACACGGGACGUCCUCGCCGCGGCACUGGGGCCCGACAGGGAGCUUGGCCUUCCGGAGUCGCUCAUCGCCAUCGCCGCGAUGCCCAUCGUGCGCCGCGCGGGCCAGGGCACGUUUAGCACCGCGGGAAACGUGCGCGACGUCGUUGUCGCGCGACGCCUGGUGUACCAGACACUCGACGUCAGGCUCGCCGAACUCGAGCGCCUCAUCCGGAGCCUCCCCGAGAGCUGGGACGCCGCAUCGGACGCGCUGACUUACUACCGCGUGUGGCAGUUCCUUGGGACGCAAGGGAUGCUCGCGAGUCCCCGCGCGGCAUACUGGGAUCGGCGCGUCGAGGAACUGGCUGUGCACGCGGAGCGGCCGGAGCUGCACUGUCCUAACUGCGAGGGCGAGUUUCCUGUCGCGAUUUAGUGACGGUUGCUCGCGAGUGUUCCUUGGGGCGAGCUACGCAUGGGAGCUUCUCAUAACCGUUGCGCAGGAGUCAAAAUUUGAGGGUCUGAUGUUGUCGUGCGACACCCCUAGCAGUGCACAAGUCUUUUUCUCGAUUUGUCCCAGCCGAAGAACAGCCGUUGCUUCUUAACAAACUUCUGUCCAGUCAAAUUGCCUUCUCUGAGGCUGAUCCCAAUGAGAAGUCCUUAUGUUGAUUAAUGACCUCGUUGGUGCCUGUUGACAUCAUGUGGAAUCGGCAGAGCAUCUGCACUUCCUCUGCCUGUGCCUUGCAAUUUUAUCUCCGGCAGGUGACCAACGACCUACAUCAGGCCUUUGGUUUGUCAAAGCCCGGUAGUCAGUGAGGAGAAAACAUGACUCGGACUCUCGAAUGUCCGAGGGUCGAGCUUAUCCUGCGCGCCUCCUGCAUUUCGGUACAAACACUGUACCGAGAGCC